UUCUGGGCGCUGCUUGGUCCUCCGCACUGGCGCACGGUUUGUUUGAUUUUAAGCAAGAAUGAAAAACUUAAGUUACUCGGAAGUUACUUUUGGAACUUAAAUACACCUUGCAACGUGCCUGCACCAGUUUAUGAAGAUAAAACGUGAGUUGGAGAAGAACCGUGUUUCUUUGGGCCUGUUUCUGGAGUACUGAUAAUUACAGAUGGUCUGCAGCUGAGCUGAAAUCAAGCCACAUUUGGCUGUCACCCUCCUUCAUUUAAAAACAUGGCAGAUAGUUUUUACAAAUUGGAAGAUGAAGCCUUCCCCAGUUUCCUCUGCAAGUCUCUGGACAGCACCAGUGGCCGCGCCACACUGGGGAAUGUGACAUUGGGUUCAGGCCCAGGACUUCCAGUGGCUGCCUCUACAGUGGCUAAAAUUAGACCCGUGUCUGACAACAGAGGAGAUCCUGUUGAGGCGUCAUAUCUGGAGGGCAGAGAGCUGCAGCAGGCCAACUCACAGCCAUCCGUUGAACAGCCCAAGUUUUCCCUCAGCUUUAAAGAUGACUUGGACAAUGCGGAUGACUUCAUUGCAGCCCAUCGUCUUUCAGACAUGCUGGUAAAGAUUAAUCUGGAUGAGUGCGCAUCUAGAAACCAGAGCUCGAUGGUGGGGCUUCCUCCCACACAGAUGGGCUCCAUCCAUGGCCGGCCCACAGAGCUCGGAACAGAGCUGUCAAUGGGCCUGUUGACAUUUGCCCAGUUUGGACAUAAAGACAGUACAGAUGCAAAGGUUCAGCUCUUACAAGCUACAGCUGACAAUGUGGAGAGUGACGGAGUGGACAGUGACCGUUUCAGUGGCAGUAACUCAAGCUUCCUGGCAAAUGAAAAGCUCAUGUCUGUGGAUAGCAUGAACAGCGACAUCACGGAUGAUGACAUUGAUUCGAACAACCUGCCUGAUGACGAGCUGGAGCUGUAUUUCAAUAAGCUGGUGCCUCCUGCCAUGCAAAGAGGCAGAGUAGAGGGCCAGGAGAUUCCUGCAACAGGACUGCAGGGUGCUGCUGAUGACGUAUCAAACCCAAGUUCUUCAGAACCAGAACAUUAUAGACACUACUUCCUUGAUGAUUACGAUCAGGGGGACUUCCAGAUGCCAGAUGUACGUCUGGCGGCCACAGGUAUGGACUCCUGUCCUGCCAGUGAUGAGGACACUGAGGAUGAGCUGGAGUCUGCCAGGAGGAGCAGCAAUGCUACCAGAACACGGCUUCUGCCCAGUACCUCCAGACAACUGGUUGGAGAGAGUAAUCGUCCCAGUUUUAGGCCGGGCUUAGAGGGAGGCAGUUCUGAUGAUGAGGCCUCCAGUGGCCGUGGUGGUCUAUCUCUGUCUGGGAUUGAACACAGACGAUCUGCUGAGGGACAAGUCAUCAACCCUCCGGUCACAGGGGAUGGAGGAGGUGGCGAUGGGAGUAGUGGGAGUGAGGAAAGCGGAAAUGACGGUGGAGUCUCAACCAUCCCUCUCCCAACGACUAACGCCCAGACCACCUAUGAUGUCCUGCGCGGGCUGGGGAUUGUGGGUAGCAGUGCUGUUGGUGAAGAUGAGGACGCCGAGCUGCAUAAUCUGCCAGGACAUGGAAGGAACAGUCUUUCCAGACAUACUGAGAUGGGUGACCGUGUGGGUCCUGUAGGAACAGGAGAGACAAGCUCCUCUUUGGGGGCAUCAGGGGGAACUCAGAGGCUUUCUCCCAUCAACUGGAGCAUGGUCCUGGACCGACAGGAGGCAUUGGAUGCAAUGGAAAGCACAGAGUCUGGGUCCACUAGUGACCGACUGUUGGACUCGGUCUACCUAAGGAGUGGAGCUGGACUCAGGAGACCUCAGAACUCUGCAAACCUAACUGCCUCCCACCUUCAAGGCACCCAGGGGAGCUUCCACCUCUCUCAGGUUCUGCUCCCAGAAUGCGAUGAUGAUGAAGAAGAAGAAGAAGAAGAAGAAGUAGAUGAGCCUGAUGGUGCCCGGCCUUCCUUGGGAUUAAGGGGUGGGCCUUGUGGUGAUGUGACUGGUGCAGAGGCUUCAGGCAAUACCAGUGAGGAUGAUAACAAUCCUCUUUCCACCUCCCUGGAACCCAAGUAUUUCUCCCAGAGCUUCCACCAAGAACAAGAAGAUUCAGAUGAUGGGUGGAACCAUUGCCCAGAAAACCUGGAGCUGGAGUUUCAACAAGGUGCCAAUGCCACUCAGAGCGUGGUCUACCAGAAUGAAGAAGGGCAGUGGGUGACAGACCUGGCAUAUUACUCCUCCUUUAAGAAAGAGGUUGAUGGGAAGACAUCAGAGAACGUUGGCCAGUUUCAGACUGAUGACUUUGUUCCUUUGAGUGAUGCUAUGGAUAAGAUAGUAAAGGAUCAAGAGGAAUUUGAGAAGGAGCACCAAUUCAUGCAGGAGGAGAAGAUUGAACCAGCCAGCAGCAACAGCACCUUUCAUAGUGACUCAUCUUGGAAAAUCCCCUCCAGCAACCACAUCCUGAUGAGGGCUUCCCAGGUCUCCUCACAGUUAAAAGAGGGGGACCAAAGUUACCUGCGACUGUCUUUUGGGCAGUUUAUUGGACAACGCUCUGAAGCCAUGGGCUGUCUAGGCAGCACUGAUGAUGUGGAUGGGAUUAAACGGCCGUCGUUUGGCUACAUCAUUACCUCUCCAGAGAAGAGGGAACCAUUUGCUCUAAUUCACCCCUCAGAGUUCUCGCCUCACAGUGACACCAUGGAAGUCAGUGAAGCAGAUAAAACUCUCAACCCAGAUGACCUGGACAAAACUCUUGAGGCUCCAGGUGAAAGAAUGUCACCCAAAGGUGAUACUGAUCCAGAACCAUGUAAACAGGAGGACCAUGCUGUUCGAGCUGCACUGCCUGAUCACACUGAGGGUUCUGGCUCUGAGUCAAGCUUGGGUAACCAAAGCUGCGUGUCCCCCGACAAUAACAGCAGCCAUCUGAUGCUGAGCAUCAGCACGAUUGCUUCAGCCAUUGCUGAUGCGUCUAUCAGCACUGACCCAUCACAGCUGGCUGCCAUGAUCAUGGAGCUGUCCAAGAGGAGUAGGGUGAGGAAUCGACCUGAGUCCGCAGGACCUGUUGGACCUGAGGAACCACACUCAGCUGAACAUAUCCUCCCAGAGCCUUAUCAGAGCAUCUUGGACACACUGCAGAGAAGCACCUGUGUUGGAGAGCUGAGUGCCUUCAACAUGGAGAAAUACCUGAAAACAACUGAUGUGUCAGGCAGCAGUGAUGCCUCUGUUGCCCAGACUACCUUUGACCUAACCGGCUGGGCUGAUAACCUCAACAGCUCUCAAAGGAGCUAUCAGGCAGGAUAUCCUGAGGAACAGGGGAGCUCAGGUCAGCGAGUGGACAGUGAUACUCAACAGAAGCUCACAAGUACCAAAACGGAAGAGAAAGACAGGAGAGGAGAGACAACAUUAAACACUAAUUCAUCUAUAGUGUGUCUUUCAAAUGCUUUAUCACCAGGUCAUAAGGUUGACUCAAAAAGAAGCUCUAUUCCUCGUCCUCGUACAUCUUCCAGCUCUGCCAGAAGGUCUGUGGCCUCAGAGCAAUCUUCCACUCUCAAGCCCCAUGCAGACAAAAUGGCAGUGUUUAAUAAUGCUGCUUCUGCCACAAAGACUUGUGGUUCCUCAGGCAGGGCCCUCACAGAAGAUGGAGUCAAGCCAGGAGAACUAAACCCACAAGCAUCCAACAAUAUUAGGUCUUCCUUAGAAACAUCACAAAAGAUGGAUAAAAGCUCUGCCUCCCCUGGCUUGCAGAGAACCCCGCCAGGUUCGAGGAAAUGGCAGUCAGGCCUGCCUUCCUUUAGAGGUUCCUCUCCUCCGCUGCAGAGGGUGAGGAGUGGAGGCCAGCAGCAGCAGCAGCAGCAGCAGCAGCAGCAGCAGGACAGACCCAGUAAUUCCCCUGAGAAGAAACUACCACCCAGGAAUAUGGCUGCUCCACUACCCCGUAGCUCUGUGGAGAAGCAUGUUGGCUUCACUCAGCCUCCCCUAGACCCUACAUCUAAACUGCCAAAUGGUUUUCCCGAGCCAUGUGUAGAGGAGACACAGUGUAACUUCAGACCGUCCACUUCUCCACUUACUCACUCCUCUCCAAGUCAGACCUCCAUUCCUAAUGCUGAUGGUAUGGCGUCACCUACGUCGUCCAGUGGACAUCUGGCAGACAAACAUCCAGGUCUUGACCUCUCUCCUCAAUCUACCUGCUCCAGCCCUAGUCUCAGCAGGCUCACAUACAUUUCAAUGAAUGACGGGACUGUCAUACCUACACCUCAGAGACAAAAGAAUAACUGUACCAUGGCACUGAGCACCACCAUCAUCAGAUUCAGUCCAACUCCACCUGUGGAACCAGAUAACCAGUCUAACCUCGAUAUUCUUGGUCUGCCCAAAAGUCUGGACCAGGUGCAACCACAGCAUUCUAAAAGUUUGGACCCCCUACCAGCACAUCAGUGUCAAAACCUGGAGCCCUUGUGUAGCGGCUCUGCUUUGAGCUGUACUCGCAGCCAAAGUGAAUGUAACUACCACUGCCCCAGGGACAGAACUGCUGAUCUUUCAGCAGGUUGCAGGAACCACAAACACCUGUCUGAGUCUAGUGUAAGACAGCUCACUAAAGUGGACUCGGGCUAUUGCAGUAAUCUGAACAUUCAGCAAGCUAGCAGCGCUGCAGCUCCUCAGAGCUCUCAGCAGUGGGGAGCUGCUAGCUCAGUGUCAUCUUCGGUGUAUGCUGGUGGUCUUGGCAUGCCUCCGUCCUACUCAUCAGAGGGACAUCACUAUGUGCCCAUCCCCAGCUUCAAGCCCCAAUGUGCUGGCUUGAUUGACCUCCCCCACCAAGGGGAAAUGCAGUCCCUCCUCGCAGGACACUCCAUCUUCAACUCCCAGCUGGCUCAGCAGUAUUUAGGACCUGAAGCUCCAUUACAUCCUCGUGCUUAUCAUGUGGGAGCAACAGGAAAUGGUCUUUUUAGUAUGUCCUCUACAGGCACGUCCAACGGUGAUCUCACAGUGAGGCACGUCCAUCCCACACCAGGUCCUCUGGGGAUUUCUGGGACUGCUGUGUCCCAUCACCUCCCAAGACCCCAUCAGAGUCAGCAGGACAUGGGGAUGAUGGGAAAACCCUACGGUCAAUAUGGCACAGAGCCACUGGUGGCAGGUGGUCUUGAGGAACUGAGAGGCCAAGUGGUGGUGCCAGAGGAACUGCGGUUCCCUCAUGCCUGCUGUGUAGGCAUCGCCUCACAGACCUCCCUCAGCCUCUUCAACCCCUCUGAGAGAUGGCAGCAAGUGUCAGUCACUGUCACCAGUCUGGCUAUUGAUGGAGAGAAGGUGGAUACCUUGCCGUACCAGUGGCUUAUAGUGAAGAACAAGACAAUCAUUGGCCCUAAGACUACAGAGGAGCAGAAGGUGUUGUUCAUUCCUCCACAAGCUGGUGUCUACCAGUGUGUCCUCAAUGUUUGCUCCUGGCCUGCAUCUGCUGAGACAGAGGUUGCUGCCAGGGCCAAUAUCUUUGCUAAAAGGGUGGUGCUGGUUGCCAUAGCAGAGAAUCCUGCACUAGAGGUUGAAGUAAGCAAAUCCGGCUGUUUGGAUUUUGGAGACCUUCCAGGAGGAAGUGCCAAAUCCAUUCCUCUCAAACUGCUAAACAGGACUCAUGCUACAGUACCCAUCCGUCUGGUCAUCAGUGCAAACGCUACAGCAUGGCGAUGCUUCACCUUUUCCAAGCACCCUGUUACCAUGACAUCUGAGGCAACCCAGCAGUCUGGACACAUGACCCCAGAGUCCUCUCCCUCGGUGAUGAAUCACGUGAUGCAUGCCAGCUAUGGAGAGAAUCCACAGAGCUUCAUGGUCUGGGUUCAUUUCAAGGCCCCUCAGAAGUACUCCGUUUCUUCAGGAGAGCUUGGUCCGGCUGAUGAGUACAGUGCUCGGGUGGACAUUGAAGUGGACUCUCCCGGUCAAAGUCAUGUGAUCAGGAGUAUUCCCCUUAGGGCCAGGUCUGGAACUGCAAGGGUUCAUGCUCCUAAAGACCUGCAGACUGUCAGCCUGUCUGCUCCACUGGGUAAAUCUAGUCAACAGAUGCUGCCAUUAAAGAAUGCAGGAAACAUUGACGUGCAGCUGAAACUCAAGCACAGUGAUGCUGAGGACAGUUUCUCUGUGACACCUGAUGAACUGUCCCUAAGAGUAGGAGAAGAGCAAGGCAUCAUGGUCUCCUUCAGAGCACAGGGCAGCAGGAAAUAUCGAGAAAGCCUUCUCACCAUCUUGGUGCUGCCAUCAGGUCCUCAGUAUGAGGUAACCCUGAAAGGAGAAGUCGUACAAGAGGACUCUGGGAAACCUGCCAUUCCCUCUGCUGUCUUUGGUCCUGGUGUGGCCAAUGAUAUUCCACCAAUUCUCUCGAAUAAACAGUUCGUAGCCUGGGGAGGGGUCACUCUAGGGCGAGCUGUCCAACAGAAGCUGGUUUUAAGGAACAACUCGACUAACACCACACAGCAGCUACGGCUGCUUAUUCGGGGUCAAGACCAGGACUGUUUUCAGCUUCAGAGUAUGUUCAGUCCCGAGGAGCGUCUGACCCGACAUGGGGAGCUGUCCAUUCGUCCCAGAGAGGACGUGACCGUCCACCUGCUCUUUGCUCCCACCAGGGUGGCCUGCAUGUUGGCCAAGCUGGAGAUCAAACAGUCUGGAGUCCGGCCUUCACAGCCAGGGGUCAAGUUCACUAUUCCACUGUCGGGCUACGGUGGGACCAGCAACAUAAUCCUGGAGGACCAGAGGAAACAGGCUGACGGCUAUGUGGCGACACUGACCGACAUAGCUGUUAGUCGUGUCAGCAAAGUUUGUCUGUGCGUGAGGAACACUGGCUCCAGAGCAGCUUUCAUCAAAGCCAUAGUCUUCUCUGAUGUGCAGAAACGAUCAGUUAUGGAACCGUCUGUCGUCAGCCUCGCCCCGUCACAGUUUGUACUGAAGGAAAGGACACAAGAGGUGAUCACUGUGCUAAUGAAGUCCACCAAAAGAGAACAGAAUCUGUGUCAGUCAGCCAAUGCACUGCUGGCUACUGUCUGUCUGUUUUGUGGAGAUGAAGUCUCCAGGCAGCAGUAUAGGAGAUUGCUUCAGAGCAAACCAGAGGCUGCAACAAAGGCUCUGUCUGAGAACAGUCUGCUGAAAAACAUAGACUUUAAUGAGAAGUUCCUGGGAGAAGAAAAUAUUACAGAGACUUAUGACCUGCCCCAGCGGCCCAAUGAAGCUCACAUCUUCUAUGGAAACAUGAGUAAGAUAGUGGUGUCAUUGCUGGGAAGUACAAAGAGCACAGACUGUGAGCAGAGCAACCACACUGAGCUGCUGCUGCCCUCUGCCAGACACAGUUCAGAGACCGACAGUGGUUUGCCAAAUGGCAACGUGUCUCUGGACGUGCUUCCAGUGAAAGGUCCCCAAGGUCCAGCACUAAGAGUAACAGAGCCCUCCUUAAAGGCGUCAGAGCCAUUACACAGGCAUUCUGAGUCCUGGACCAUCCAUCCAGAACAACUUGUCCUUGCAGCUCCCACCAUCAAUGGUACAGCCACCACCAGUCAGGCUAAGAUCCGGAACAAUACAUCCAGAGAGCUGAGGUUUGAUUUGUCCUGGCCUGCUCACUGCCUUACCAUCACCCCUCAGCAUGGAGUUAUCGAGCCUCAGUGCCACCUGCAGAUUUUGAUCAGUCCCAACCCUUCACUAGCAAAUAAAUCUGCCUUGCUGCCAUGGAGUGGACAGAUUUAUGUCCAGUGUGACGGUCAGCAGAAGUUUAUUAAGGUCCAGAUUCGUCGGGACCUGGCUCUGGAUGUGUCUGCGUCCCCAGCAGACACGACCCUGUCAGCCCUAUCCCCGCAGGUUGCCACCCCUGUGCUUCCUGUGGCCAGGCUCACUACCAAGCCCUCGCUACUACCACAGACCCCACAGGCACCUCAGGCCCUGGUGGCGAUCAGCAACAAGACAAUCAUGUUCCCCACCACUCCCUCAGGGGAAACGUCAGAGGCCCAGCUGGAGGUGCAGAAUGGGGAAGUAGAAGUGAGGUGGUACCUGUCAUCAUUUGCCCCUCCUUAUGUCAAGGGGGUUGACAACACUGGAGAUGUGUACCGGGCCACUUACACUGCUUUCAGAUGCUCCAGGGUCUCAGGCACUCUGGGAGCCCAUGAGAAGAUGCAGGUGCCCAUUACUUUCCUGCCCAGGGACAGAGGGGACUAUGCCCAGUUCUGGGACUUAGAGUGCCACCCCGUGUCUGAGCCGCAUCAGAAAACCAGAAUCCGCUUCCAGCUCUGUGGCACCGGAUUAAAGUCUGGACCAGUGGAAGGACCACAGGAAGGAGACUGCUCUCUGGUGAAGACAGAGGCCACAGUCAAGACCAGGAAGAGAACUGAUGCCUCAGCAGGCAAAACCAGCCAGGAGGAGGCUGUGCGGAGGGGUGUGUAUUCUCCACAGGAUCUCUACACCUUCCCAGCCACACGGGUGGGUGAGUCCAGCACUCUGAAGGUCAACAUCCGCAACAACUCGUCCGACACGCAUGAGCUGAAAUUUGUAAACCCUAGGGAGCCCUUCCACAUCAAGCAUUCCAAAUAUUCCCUGAGAUCCCAGCACUAUCUGAAGCUUCCCGUCCAGUUCAAGCCCAGCACUGCAGGCAGACACGCUGGCUUGCUGCUCAUCCAGUUAGAAACAAGUGGAAGUCUUGUUAUUCAGCUGACCGCUGAGGCAUUGCCUUGAAUUCACCAUCUAGCAUCCUACGCCACCUUCUCACGCUGGCUGGCUGGCUUUGGGUGGAUGCUCUUCUCUGUACUAUUCAUCAUGGGACAGACGAGAGUUAACAGAGAAGAAAAGGCAAGACUGCAAACUGCUAAGGAUCAAAUAAAAGGCAACCCUGGGCUUAAAUCCGUCCUCUCGUCUUAUUUGGAGACUAUAGCUGAUUAACUGGAGAUGACUGAGACUCUACUGCCAACACAGCCCCUUCUGCCUCUGGAUGUGGCACAGGUGUCCUCAGCUGGCCCAUGAAAAAUGAUUGUGCCUGUUUGUGCCCGAAGCUGAAUGAUUUGGUCUGACUGGCUCGCAAUUAAUCUGGCCCACUCUGGCAUUUCAGAGAGCUAAUGAUUUUUGUCACUUGACUCUGGAUCUGGUAUUUGCCUUAUCCCUGAGUCAUGUCACAAGGCAGCAUUGUUGUUGCCAUGGCCCCUGUCAGACAGUACCAGUUGGGAUACGUUGAGGAUUACUUUGAGUCGGUCACACAGGAAUGCCAUUGUCUCUUGUUUGGUAACAUGGCUGCAGGGAAUUUCUUUUUUCUUUUUUUUUUUUCUUCUUUUUUUUUGUUGAAUAGACAAACUGUAAAAAUCACAAAAUGGUCCUGGACAUAGUUUUUCUUUUUUCUUUUUUUUUAAGACCAAGACCACAAGAUUUGAGAAUUUUUGGUUUUUUUUAAAUCACAAACUCAGAUUCUCAAAUCAAGGUCUGUCCACAUUUCAUAAAAUGUUCCUAAUCUUUUGUACUGGUGUGGUUUCUAUGGAAAUGGCUCCUCAUCAUGCAGAGCCCAGCUGCACAGUGGCCUUUGUCAGCACCAUGUGUUGACUUCCCAGCAACCUCCAAGACUCGUUCCAAACAGUCCAGAUGUACUUAAUUUAGUCAUGAUCAGGGCAGCUCACAGAUACAUUAGGAUGGUUAAUGAUUGUUAUUACAUGCUAAAAGAGUUUCCUCUGGUGGGGUUUUUGUUCGGCAGCUUGCCAGGCCUGCUCAGUAUGGUUACCAUGGCAAAACAGUGUUAAUCACUGUUCCAGUCACAGAAAAUUAGCUCCCCAUUUCCUCUUUUGGCUCUGGGGCAAAUGGCCAAAAUUGCUUGGGGGUAUUGGAUUCACAUCCAUAAUGGGUUUUGGAACUGGAAUGGCAUGGGGAAAUGUAGGUACACUUCAUCAAUGGUGUGUUGUUAAGCUGUUAGAUGCCACGCAUUGGUACAACACUUUGGAAAUGAAAAACACUAGUUUUGAGCAUUAUGUUCCUGCUUGUAGAGCAAGUUUUAAUAUGAAGGCAUAUUGUCACAGGCUGCUCUCAACAUGCCCUGAGAGCUAUCCUGACGUUUGGUUUACAAUUUGCACAUGCUUAAAAAAGUAUAUAAUGUAAUAUAUUGUUCUAUGUACACAUUUUAAAUAAAGUUUUGUGAUAAAUA